UAGCCUCGAACCAAAAACACGACCGCAACCUAUUUUACCUUGAUUUUGUCAGCCCAAAUCAUGUGGUUUUGGGGCCCAGCCUUUACAAUCUCCGUCAAGAUGUUCUUGCUGAGUGUCUUUCGUCCUUCGAUCACUUUGUUUCUGCCCCAGCGGGCACUGAUACGGCCACUCUUGGCCGUGUGCGGUUGCCACUUGAUUUGCAGGCCCGAGCACCACUCGAAAUCUGCUGCUUCCCAUAGUCCUUCGGUCGUGAAGAUGUCUAGGCCAACACUGGCCAUGGGCUUCAUCAAGUCAGACAGUCUGAGCAUAAAGACCUUGCCGAUGUCGCCUCUGGUGUGGCCAAUCACCAGGAAAGAUGCAGUGGUUCUCUGUGAUCUUUUUGUUGGACGAGCCAGGCCUGAUCUUGUUGUCGGCCUCAAGGGCCAGGAUGAGAAUGCCGUCAUGGUGCCAAGUGUGAUGCACCGUAAUACCCGGAACACCUUGCUAGUGUAGUCUUACAACAUUGGCGAUGUUGCGAGUAUUACAGUCUAGCUCGUUAAUUAAGUAGCUCUCGUCCGCGGGGCCGUCGUGUGUAUGCGAGAGCCUUAUGCGAGGUAUCUAGAAGAGAAG